ACCUUUCUUCCUUCCUUUCUUGGGGGAUUUUCUGUUGAACCAGAAACUACAAAAUUCCUUUUGAACCAGUAAAAUAGGGGUCCGUUCUAGACCAGUUUUAGACAGUUUUGGAGCUGUCUUCCGCGACUUCUGCCUUUAAUUUUGGAAUCGUUUUUUCGAGUUGUCUCUUCCUUUCUCCAAAUUUUGCAAUUUUUGAAAAAGAUAAAAAUCUGCGAUCCAGAAGGCAUGUUGUAAAUUUAUUGACCCUUCUCACCAUGGGGAACGAAAUCAGGACUUCGAGCAAGAUAAAUACAUAAUUAUUUUAAGUUUUAUACUGGUUUGCCGCUAAGUUAUAUAUUUCUUUUAUUUUCCCGUUUCUGAUAUGUACACCUUUGAACCACCUUUGAAAGCGUAAAUCGGUCCCCACCAACUAUGGACAGUUCACAAGCAAAGUUUACAUACAGAGAACAAAAAGAACAAAUCAGUCAGGUGUGUCGGUAGAUUUGAACUUUAAAAAUUUCUAUUGACCAACUUGAAUUUGAUGUCAAUAUCAGAUCUAGAUUCUAGCUAUAAUCGUCCCUUAUCGCGAUAACCACUUGGCGAACAAUUAAUUUACCGGUUCAACUGGUCCCAAAGGGAUCGGCCGGGUAUUUCGUAAACUGGUCCAAAAGGGAUGCAAACCGUUUUUUGUAUAUUUCUCUCUUAAAUAUAGAUCUAGUUACUUUUCUAAUCUAGUUACAUUUUUAACCUUCGGCACUAUUUUUGCUUCGAGUGCAGCAGAACUCAGCUUAUUAUUAAAUCUAAAACAUCACGCAGUUAGGGCAAAGGGCACAUACUAUUUCUGUAAUCAGAGAAAAGGCCGCUUUUCUAACCCCUCUUCAUGCUCUCGCCGCUUGAGUUCAGAUGGACAGCCAAGCUAUAAUAAGUGCCUAAAGACAAAGUACCGAUACAACAACAUCAUCAGCAACAUCAACAACAACAACCACAACCACGCGCAACAAUGUGGAAGAAUGUGACCUCCGUGUCUUUCCUCCUCGGCCUUCUCAGCCUGCUGUCUUUAGCUGCCGGAGUGAGAAAGGGUCCCUAUGACGUCAUUAUCCAGAGACUUUUCCAGAAAGUUGCCGAAGAACAGGCCCCCGAAGACAUUCCAUUCGUCCCUUUCGAACACUUCCACCGUAAGAAAGGCGUCUUCGCCAGUCACAUCAAACAAAACUUUCACGGGAACCUGGAAAUGGCGGAGGCGAGGAGGGUCAUGGGAGUUUAUGACAACAACAUGUUCGCUACUGCCUGGAUCACCUCGUCGCUGAUGGAAGCUUAUCUGUACAGUGGCGCCCCCAAACCGUCCACUAAACAGCUGAAUAUGGCGAUAGACUCAAUGGCUGAUCACCACGACAAGAACAAGGACUACGACAAUUCUCUGAUGACCUUCUGGGAACAGAUUUUCAACAAGAACACUUCUUAUUACCAGUCUACACCUUACAAUCUGUUGGAAAUUUUCAAGGAAGCGGACAAACUUCCCACGGAGGCUAUCGAGGCUCUGCUAGAGAAACUGGGGCUGGGCUCUUUGGCGGAAGCCAUUAAGCAAAUCCUUGAAGGAAAGGACGGAUACAUGAGAGCCUUCCACAUACCGCCAGACUUUGACGACACUUUCGUUAACAUGGGACUGGGUUCUCUCCUGUACGCGGCAAAAACAGACUUCCCUGACGCUUGGAAGAAUUGGAAUAACCAGAACAAAAACCUUACCUCUGCCUUCGACGCCCUGCGGAAGUACGCUUACCGGCCGUUUUCAGACGACAGUGACGUGAACUCCAUAGACCCCAGGACCUACCUGUGGAUCCGAAAGUUCCUGGACGAGGCUAAAGCUCAAAGGAAAAACGUCACACUCGUGCCAACGUGGAUCCAGAACAUUGACGAAAUGAGAACAGAAUUUUACAAAGGAGUGGGGAUGCCUUUUCAAAUCAACAACGUCGAUGCCACAGUGGCGGCGAACACCGUAUUUGGGAUCACCUCAGCUGUUCUCAAUGGCCUAGUGAGUCCGAAGGUCUUAGACGACCCUGUCAUAGAGAGCCUGUACCACAACACGUCCGCCCUACUGGCCUAUGAGAUCAACACAAACAUGACGAACCGCCCGGAUGUCGCUCUGCUCUAUUACCCAUCACAGAUAGAGUUUGAUUGGUUCGUAGCCCGCUCCUUUGCCGUGAUGGACCAGAAGAGAAGGAAAGGACCUCUGCCCAGACCAAUCAUGGAGACAGUGUACCAGAUACUGAAGAGCGCCGUGGAAGGAGAGAUGACCAAAUACAUCCUGUCCAAGGGCAAGAAAGACGAACAGGGCGGGAUUUACUACGACGACUUUCUGGGAGACGGGGAUCUAACACAUGACAACAAAACUCUGACCAUACCGUUCUGGUAUCCAGCGAACAGGUUUGAGUUCCUCAACGGUACAACGAUACACGAUUGGACGCACUUCCCACAUGGCACGAGUUUGCUGGCUGUCCGGGGAUACAUCGACUCUCAGACGUACGAGGCACAGCUCAAACAGAAACACUUCGGCGUCCCCUCACCUCUCGUCUUUCAUGGUUACAAUGACUGGAGCGGGUUUUUCCCCUUGUGGACAUCCACAGGGUAUACAUACUCAAUUUCUCUGUUGGUGUUUUCUAGAUACAACAGUGCAAUGGCUGCGGAAUAAUACACACUGGUCUCGUCCUAAAUUAAUAUAUCCACCCCUACUCCCCUCUCUCUAAGACUAUCCCUCUUUCUCUCUCUCUCUCUCUCUCUCUCUCUC